UAGAUACUCCUAUGUAAAGCGUGGGGUAAAGGUUUUCGCGUUAGCAAAAGGAUAAAAGAAUAAUGAAAGAAGGCGUUGACAAAUUAUUUACCCAAUAAAUAGCAAGCACCUGUCUCAAUUCCUCUGACUUUCUCUCAGGUUAAGAUACUUUCAUCCUUAGUUAACAGAUGGAGAUACUUUCAUCCUUAGUUAACAUCUCCACGGCCUAACACCUCUCAACUCUUCUUUAACUAAAAUAUCUCCCAUUUUGAUGUCCGCAAGCUUUAAGCUUUAUGCUUUAUGCUAAUUUCUUUUUGUUUCUUUCUUAUUCUCCUUUUAUAAGAGAUGAGUACAACAGAGGAUUCCAAUGACUCCCCACCACUUGGUGGAUUUGCAUAUACAAUUGGAUUUUCCACAGCUAUCAUUGCCCUUCUUUUUAUGAUAACCCUCACAACCUACUUCUGCACCCGCACCAACCCUUCAUCACAACAUGCAACCACUACCUCCGGUGACCAAGAAUCGGUGGCCAUGGAACAAGGCCUUGACGAGGAGAUUCUGAGCAGCUACCCUAAACUCCUUUAUUCACAAGCAAAGCUUCAUAAAGUUGACUCGUUAUCAUCAGCUUCGAGUUGCUCUAUAUGUUUAGGUGAGUAUAAGGAUACAGAUAUGCUACGUUUGUUACCUGAUUGUGGUCAUAUUUUUCAUCUACAGUGCGUUGAUUCUUGGUUGAGGUUACAUCCUACUUGCCCGAUUUGUCGAAACUCUCCUGUGCCAACUCCGCUUGCUACUUCUACGGCUGAGGUCACGCUGUCGGAAAUGCUAAGGAUGUGAUAAAAUAUUAGCUGGGUUUCCUGUAGUAACUAGCAUGCACUACACUUC